AUGUUAGAUAGUGAUACUAAUCAUAUAAAAUUAAUUGACUUCUCUUUUGCCAUAACAUAUGAUGUGGAUGACAAGGCAGGCAGUAUAGGCGUAACAGAUACAGUUGCAUAUACUGGUUAUGAAUUUUUAGAUUAUUAUUCAAAAUUAUUAUUUGGAUUAUGUUUACCAAAUUAUCGUUAUGAACGAACGUUUGAUUUAAAAUGUGCAUUAAAUGUUAUAAUAGCUCUGAAUAAUGUUCCUAUUCUAGCAAAGAUUUACGCAAUUGAAACAUUAACAGAUAUUCAUCAAAUAACGUUACAAGCAUUACACUUAUGGCUAGAUACUCGACGAACAAAUAAAGAUUAUUCAAAUUUAUUAAAUUUAAUAGCCAACUUACAUGAAUCAUCAACUUUUGAUGUUUUAAAAAAUGAAAUAGAAAAACUCUUUGUUUAUUGA